AUGACGAGAACAUCUACCACCGCCUUAUCAAGCCUGAACCCAUUCAGCAACGCGACGAGCACGCCAUCACCCAGUAAUGUGAUCACAGUCGCAAAAUCAACGCACAGCAAUAAGCGCCCGUCCAUCAUCGUUUACCCCACUGUGUCACCAGAGUCCAUAGUAAUACCGAUUGUAUCCUGUAUUUUCGGAUUUCCUUUAUUAGCGUUGACUGUUAUUUGCUGUUUAAGGCGACGGGCGAAAUUAGCCAGAGAACGUGCAAGACGACGCAAUUGCGAACUGGACCGCGGUGAGUUAUCUGUGGUGAGGCUGUCCCCAAUAAAGAGCAGACAAAGGGCAGUGAGCCUGGUUCGGUCCCCACGACCCCCGCCGACAUUAGAACUCGAUACGGUGUUGGAGGAACGCUCUGAUCCCGAACAAACAACACUCUCUCAGGUUGAAAUUACGCCAGAUCGAGAGGUUGGAUCAAUUUUAUUCGGCACAAUAGGCGCCGUUGGAGCCGCUGCGGUCACAGCGGCCGCGUGCGCACGUGACAGCUAG